AUGGCGCUGCACCUAGUGCGGAAGGGAUGUAGAUGUCGCAGAUUCAUUCGGGCAUUUCAUGGCGGAACCAGCGGAGAUCCCGUCCCCCAGAAUAAUGGCAUACAUCGGAUAUUCUCUGGCAUCCAGCCCACAGGGAUCCCUCAUCUAGGAAAUUACCUGGGUGCCAUUGAGAGCUGGGUGAGUCUACAAGAAAAAUGCAGCUCUGUUCUGUUCAGCAUUGUGGAUCUCCAUUCCAUCACUGUCCCCCAAGAUCCAGCUGUUCUUCACCAAAGCAUCUUGGACAUAACUGCUGUCCUUCUUGCCUGUGGCAUAAACCCAGAAAAAAGCAUCCUUUUUCAACAGUCCCAGGUGCCAGAGCACUCUGAAUUAAGUUGGAUCCUUGGAUGUCUGGUCAGGAUGCCACGGUUACAAAAUUUACCCCAGUGGAAGACUAAGAAUACUAGCCUGAAACAAGAGGGAACAGUGGGUCUCUUCACAUAUCCUAUACUUCAAGCUGCAGACAUUCUGUUAUACAAGUCCACACACGUCCCUGUUGGGGAAGAUCAAGUCACACAUAUGGAACUGGCCCGAGAUCUAGCACAACGUUUUAAUAAGAAGUAUGGAGAGUUCUUUCCAGUGCCCAUAUCCCUUUUGACGUCUGUGAAGAAGGUAAAGUCCCUUCGCGACCCUUCGGCCAAGAUGUCCAAAUCGGACCCUGACAAGCUAGCCACAGUCAGGGUGACAGACAGCCCGGAAGAGAUCGUGAUGAAAUUCCGCAAAGCCGUCACAGACUUCACCUCGGAGGUGACCUACGAUCCAUCCACCCGGCUCGGGGUCUCCAACAUGGUUGACAUUCAUGCCGCCGUGACGGGUCUCACCAUAGAAGAGGUUGUCCGGCAGAGUGCCGGCCUCGACACGGCUCGCUACAAAGUCAUGGUGGCCGAGGCUGUGAUUCAGAAAUUUGCGCCAAUUAAGAAUGAAAUUGAGAGACUAAAGAUGGACGAAGGCCACUUGAGAAAGGUUUUACAGGUUGGGGCAGAAAAAGCCAAAGAACUAGCAAAGCCUGUAUGCCAAGAAGUCAAGAAAUUGGUGGGUUUUUGAAAGGACCAUGAUCAAAUAAUCAUGAAUAUCUCCAAGCAAGGCAGCUGACCUCAUACCCAGAAGACUGGAUUAUCUGUUACCUUUUCCUUGGACCAUACCUGCUGACUUCAGAAGAGGAAGCAAGAUUUUGUGCCUUGAAAUAAUUAGCAUUUUUCCAAAUCUCACAAAAUUUUUCCAACAGAAAGAAAGAAAAGCAACAAGCAUGGUUAAAUACUGGAAAAUUCCAUGCUUUUUUUUUUCAGAAUCAAAUAAUCCUAUAGGUAUGGAGGCUUUUUCACCUGUCAACUUCCUUCUGGUUCAUUUUACAAAAGCAAUUUUGAAUUUAUCAGAAUAUAUUCUUAUCCUGGCCUGUUCUGUGAGAGUAGAGAGCAAAGAUUUGGAAGGUAGAAGAAUCACUUGAAUAGGUGGGGCCCAGAGAAGGUUGGGGGAAUAAGCAUUUCUAUAGCAUCUACUAUGUGCCAGGCACUGGGCUAAGAACUCUGUAAGUAUUAUCUCAUGUAGGCAUCAUUAUUAGCCUCAUUUUAUAGUUGAAGAAAUUGAGGCAAACAGAGCCCAAGUGUCCUACCCAGGGUCACUCAGCUAGUAAGUGUCUCAGACUGGAUUUGAGCUCAGGUCAUCCUAAGUCUAGCUACAAAGCUCUGUCCACUACACCACCUUCCUCCCUGCCUAUCUUGGGGCACCAUGGUGUCCUGGAAAGAAUGCUACAUCUGGUGUCAGAGGACCUGAGUUCAGAUCCUGCCAUUCCACAUAGUAUCAUAAAGGGUGACUUUUGGGGGUGUUACUUAAGUUCUCUCGAUUUCUUCAUCAAUAAAAAUGAAGGGUUUGGGAGAGAUGACCACUAAUGUUUCUUCCAGCUCUAUCUAUAAUCCUAAAAUAAUCAAGGGUGUGGAUUUUCCUUACCUCAUCCCUACCCCUAACAAAAAAAACCCUAUGCCAAUAUGUUCCCUAAUUUUUUUUUUAGUAAACACACUAUCCUUCUCAUCACCCUGUGAGGCAGGUGCUUAAAGAGGGAUGAUUUCAAACUGUAAGUUGUUUAGCUUAUUUCUGAUCUCCCACCCUGGAACUUUCAGAGAACUACACCAUUUAAUCUGCUGAAGAAGUCACUUCAGACUUAAUUGUGAGUUACAGAAGAGCCCAGGCUGUCAGAAUAUACUCUUAUAAGUAAUGUCUUGCAUUUAUGUGAUGUCAUUUUAUCCUCAUAAUACCUGGAACAAGCCCUUAACCUUCCUCUCAUUCCAUGCACAGAAUACAGAAGGGAAAUGGUAAUAGAUCUGUGCCCCAAAGGUUCUGUUGAGAAAGGUUUCUGUAGUCUUGAAACUCUGUAUUUCUUCAAGAACUUCACCUCCAGUCUUAUGGAGUUUAUUGAAAAUAAUUAAAAGCGCCAGUCUUCUGUUUAUUUGACUCUUUGUUAGUACAAUGCUUUGCAUGAAGUAAGAACUUAAUAAAUGCA